UGAACCAUAUAUGGAAUACGAAUACCUGGAACCUCGGGGAAGUGUCUACAAAGAUUGCGUUGAACAUUCGUAGGAUUAACAUAAGCGACAGAGUAACUGCAUUCUUUGUGAAACUAAAAUCGUAAAAUCGGCUCUGUGUAAUGAACAGUUUCUCUCAAUGACGGUAUAUCGCGGUAUUUCACGUUGACGUUAAAUUAAGCAAUACAUGUCACAUCACAUGUUUUCUUUCAUUACAUAUGCUUCUAGAAAAGUUCUACGAACAAAUGAUGAGACAUUUAUAUUUAACGACGAUGUUUUGUGUAUAUAUAUAUAUACAGCGAUUGUUUGUUUCUCAUGAUUGGAAAAAUUGGUUUAAAGACAUUUACUUCUCGUAUCAAAAUCUAUGUCAAUUACAUACAUUAUAUUAUUGUUAAAAUGUGAUUAUAAUACUUUUAUUAUCUCAAUCUUACUUUUUUUUCCACUUGAUUAUCGUAGUGCAAGUUUCUCUGAAAGAACACUUAUCUCAUUAAAUUUAAUGUCAAUCAAUUAAUGUUUCAGUUAAAUAUACGUUAAUCUUUACUGAGACAAUUCUUCAAUUAUUGAAACAUUUUUUUAAAGAUAAUUCCUCUGUUAAUCUCGAUUCUUUAAGCAGUAUUAAAUUAAAUAUAUAAAUUUUGUAAUUUUAAUUGUAUAUCUCCUGUAAUUAAUGCAACGUGCUUUGACAAUUAGUGGAUUAAUGAGAAACAAUCAAUUAAGAUAAAUUGCAAUGAUGUGAUAGAACAUUAUGGAGUUGUCAUCAUUAAAUAUCAUCUACAGUGAUCUUCGUUCUUUCUUAAUUUGGGGCAUCCAAAAUCUUUAAGUUGCAUGGAUCGCGCACCAACGUGAUUAUUUUCAAAAGUGCGAAACAAAAAUUUAAAAUCUUCAGAGAGAGAAACGUAAUAAAGAUUUAAACGACAAAAGUUAUCACUUAAGAAAAACUACACAAAACCACUUCAAUUUCCAUUUUGCUUAACAAUACGCUAACAAGAAAUUGACAGAACACUUAUAUCGUUCCAUACAGAAGGCUCAAGCGAUGUUGAUAAAGAUAAUAGUAAAGUAUGGCUUAUUUGUUCUCCGUUGUUUGCUCGGUCCAUUCUUCAAACUGCGAGGUUUGAAGAAGAGACGGCUAUGCCCGCCAAUCAAGGAUCAAAUCUUGCUGCUGUCGGCGACAGAAAUCGCGCAGAAAAUCCGUAAGAGAGAAAUCAGCUCCGAGGAAGUGAUUAUCGCGUAUGUGAAGCGAUGCAAGGAGGUGAAUCCAUCUAUCAAUGCUAUCGUAGAAGAUCGUUUUGAUACAGCAAUUCAAGAGGCACGUGAAAUUGACAGUAUCCUUCAGUCAAUGACUGUAGACGAAGCAAAAAUAGCAAACGAGAAACCGUUGCUCGGCCUACCUGUCACGAUUAAAGAAAGUAUUGCAGUUCAAGGGAUGAGUCAUUCUGUGGGGGUAAAAGAUGUUCCUUCGAGGGCGACAAAGGACGCCGACGUUGUAGCGAGAAUCCGCGAAGCUGGCGGAAUUCCUCUUCUUGUCAGCAACACUCCAGAAUUGUGCAUGUGGUGGCACACAUUCAACAAAGUGACCGGCUCCACCAAAAAUCCUUACGAUACACGGAGAUCCCCCGGUGGCUCUUCCGGUGGUGAGGCUGCUCUUCUUGGCGCUGGUGCUUCGAUUCUCAGUUUAGUUUCAGACAUCGCUGGAUCGGCAAGACUCCCCGCACUGUUUUGCGGAGUUUUUGGUCAUAAACCCACACCAUACUGGAUAUCAGUAGAAGGUCACAAACCUGACGCAACUGAUAAAAAUUGGCCUUUAUUUUUCGCAAUUGGUUUAAUGGUCAGAUAUGCCACAGAUCUGCCUCUCUUAUUAUCGGUGAUGUCGCAAUCAGAUGAAGCCAAGAUUAUCAUUAACAACAAGGUAUGUCUAAAGAACAUAAGAUUUUUCUACAUGGACAAUUAUGGCCCACUUCCAAGUUCCAUGACAAGUGACGUAAAAAAUGCAAUUUACAAACUAAUGCAACACCUCAAUGCAAUGGGCAUCAAAGUGGAACGAGCAAAUUUGGAAGAUAUGAAAAGAUCUUUUGAAAUGAGCUUUAUCAUUCUUCUUAAGAUCAAAGAUAUACAUUCAAUGUUUAAUUGCUCGGAUGAUCCUAAGAAAUCGAAAAAGGUGCUUACGGAAACGCUGAAAUAUUUUUUUUACAUGUCGCCGCACUCUUUCCCCGCUAUUGCUUAUGGGAUACUCAGAAACGUAGCUAAAAGAUUUCCAGACUCUAGUCAUAAGGAAAUGAUGGAAAUAAGAAUGCGAUUGCGACAACAAUUUGAGAAGCUGCUGGGCGAUGACGGUGUAUUAAUUUGUCCUUCUUUUAUCUCAUCGGCGUAUUAUCCUCAAGAGUGUUUAUAUAACAUAAAUAAUUUUACAUACAUGAUGAUCUUCAACGUACUAGGAUUUCCGGUCACACAAUGUCCACUUGGGUUUGACAAAAACCAAAUGCCAAUUGGACUUCAGAUUGUCGCAAAUCCAGGUUGUGAUCAUUUGACGAUUGCUGUAGCGCAAGAAAUUGAAAAGACGUUUGGUGGCUGGCAAGAACCACAGGACAGAAGAUUCGUCUGUAACGUAGCAUAAUUUAGAAUACGGUCAAUCUUGCCUUCACAAUUAAAAUUGUAAUUUAGCAGCUAAAUUUUUGAAAGAUGAAAAUUAAUUUAAAUGAUGUAUAGCAUAAUUUUUAACUUGUUUUAUAUAAACAACU